GUUAGUGUGGCAACACCUUUAAAGUCCGUUUGACAGAUACGCAGCUAUUUAUCGAAAAAUAUUGUUCCUAAAUUUAUAUCAAUUUUAAUAUUGUAUAUUGUAGUGUUGGGUGUUCGUGUUAGUGUCGUCAUCAUAUCAAAGUGAUUCCGUCCUAGUGUGUUAGUGUCGAAUCGGCGAGGCGCGAUGUCGGGUCGCGCGGGCGCGCGGUGAAAGUGCAGUGCCAGUGUGGACGCGAAGGAGUCUUACUUGUGUCGGGAGAACAGCAUCAGCAUGGGCGUGGGUCUGGUGCCGCUGGAGUUCACGGAGUGCCUGGCGGAUAGCCCGCACUUCCGCGAGAACCUAUUGCGCCACGAGAAGGAGCUGGACCGCACCUCGCAGCAGGUCAAGCGCCUCAUCAAGGAGGUCAAGGAUGUGGUCCAUGCCGCCAAGCGACUGGGCGCGGCGCAGCUGGCGUUAGCGGGCAGCAUGGAAAACUUCGAGUUCGCGUGCAUCGGCGCCUCCAUGACGGAGGACGAGCGCGUCAUCUCGCACUCGCUGCACCACUUCGCGAAGCUCAUGCGGACCAUCGAGGACGAGCGCGAGCGCAUGCUGGGGCGUGCGCACGAGCAGAUCAUCGCGCCGCUGGAGAGGUUCCGGAAGGAGCACAUCGGCGCCGUCAAGGAGGGCAAGAAGAAGUUCGACAAGAAGACGGCAAAGUUCUGCCAGAGCCAAGAACGGACGCUUUCGCUCUCCACCAAGAAACAGGAUAAUGUCUUCCAAGAGGCUGACGCAGCGAUGGACAUGGCCGAGCGGGACUUCUGCCAAGCCUCGCUGGAGUACGUGUUUCAGCUGCAAGCUGUCCGCGAGCGAGAGAAGUUCGAGCUGGUGGAGACGCUCCUAGGUUUCGUGUUCUCCUGGUGGACCUUCCACCACACAGCUCACGACGUGCACCACGACGCCGAGCCGCUCGUGCGCGACCUGCAGCUGCGGAUCCAGCGGACGCGGACCAACUUCGAGGAGACGAGCAAGCAGACCGAGUCGCUCAUGAAGAAGAUGAUGGAGGUGCGGCAAAUGAAUAAAGAAGUGGAAGCGGAGGAGACGGGCGACGCCGUGGACGCGUCGCGCGCCGGCUACCUGUACCUCAUGGAGAAGAAGGCGUUUGGCACGGCGUGGAGCAAGCACUACUGCACGUACGAGAAAAAUUCGCGCACGUUACGAUUGCUUCCCUACUCGCAAAUCAACCCGAAAACUACGGCGCCAGAGCGGACGGAGAGCGUGUGCGUGUGCGGCGCGCGGCGCGCGGCCGACACGGAGAGGCGCUUCUGCUGGGACGCGCUGCCGGCCGAGCGCGAGCGGCCGCCGCUCACGCUGCAAGCUCUGUCCGAACGAGACCGCAAUGCGUGGCUCCGGGCGCUCAGUCCACAGACGGGCGACACGGAGCUGGGGCUGGGGUGCGCGCGGGCGGGGGGCGCGGGGGAGGCGGGCGCGCAGGCGCAGCUCGACGACGCGGGCUUCGCCUUCGUGCGCCGGCUGGUGCACGUGCUCGAGGAGCGGGGGCUCGAGGAGCAGGGCUUGUACAGGGUGGCGGGCGUGGCGUCCAAGGUGUCCCGCCUGGUGUCGUGCGCGGGGGUCGCGGGGGGUCGCCUGCCCGCCGCGCUGGCGGACCCGCUAGAGUGGGAGAGCAAGACGCUCACGUCGGCGCUCAAGAGCUACCUGCGCGCGCUGCCCGAGCCGCUCGCCACGCACGCGCUGCACGAGCGCUUCCUCGCCGCCGCCAAGCUGGAGUCGCGCCACGAGCGCGUGCACGCCGUCGCCGCGCUGGUGGCGCAGCUCCCCACCAGGAACAGGGACAUGCUGCGGCUGGUCGUCGACCACUUGAGACGGGUAGCGGCGCGUGCGGACCGCAACCUGAUGACGCCGUCCAACCUGGCCGUGUGCUUCGGGCCCACGCUGCUGCGCGCGCCGCGCGAGUCCGUGGCCGCCAUCUUGGACCUCAAGUUCUACAACGUGCUGGUGGAGACCCUGCUCGACCACGCCGACCAGAUCUUUGCGCACUCUCCGCACCCGCACCCGCACCCGCACCCGCAGGGACCUAACCUGCAGCAGGCUACGCCAUCGCAGAAUGGCCUCAG